AUGGUCAACUUCACCGUCGAGGAGAUCCGUCAAUUGAUGGACCGUCCGGCCAACAUCCGGAACAUGUGCGUCAUUGCUCACGUCGAUCACGGUAAAUCCACUUUGACCGACUCUCUGGUCCAGCGUGCUGGUAUUAUCUCCGCCGCAAAGGCCGGUGAGGCCCGUUUCACAGACACCCGUCAGGACGAGCAGGACCGUGGUAUCACCAUCAAGUCUACCGCCAUCUCCCUCUAUGCACAUCUGCGGGAUGAAGAUGAUCUCAAGGAUAUCCCCCAAAAAGUCGAUGGAAAUGAGUUCUUGAUCAACUUGAUCGAUUCCCCCGGUCACGUUGACUUCUCCUCUGAGGUCACUGCUGCUCUUCGUGUCACUGACGGUGCUCUCGUCGUCGUCGACUGUGUCUCUGGUGUCUGUGUUCAGACCGAGACUGUCCUCCGACAGGCCCUCGGUGAGCGUAUCAAGCCCGUCUGUAUCAUCAACAAGGUCGACCGUGCCCUCCUUGAGCUGCAGGUUAGCAAGGAAGAUCUGUACCAGUCGUUCUCGAGAACAAUCGAAUCCGUCAACGUCAUCAUCGCUACCUACUUCGACAAGGCUCUCGGUGAUGUCCAGGUCUACCCUUACAAGGGAACUGUUGCUUUCGGUUCCGGUCUCCACGGCUGGGCUUUCACUGUCCGACAGUUCGCUGUCAGGUAUGCCAAGAAGUUCGGUGUUGACCGAAACAAGAUGAUGGAGCGUCUCUGGGGCGACAACUACUUCAACCCCAAGACCAAGAAGUGGACCAAGGUUGGCGAAUAUGAGGGCAAGCCUCUUGAGCGUGCUUUCAACCAGUUCAUCCUCGACCCCAUCUUCAAGAUCUUCAAUGCCAUCACACACUCAAAGAAGGAGGAGAUCAGCACCCUCCUCGAGAAGCUCGAGAUCAAGCUUGCUUCUGAUGAACAGGAUCUGGAAGGCAAGCCUCUUCUCAAGGUUGUCAUGAAGAAAUUCCUGCCCGCUGCCGAUGCCCUUAUGGAGAUGAUGGUGCUCCACCUCCCCUCCCCAAUCACUGCCCAGAAAUACCGUGCCGAGACUCUGUACGAAGGCCCCGCGGAUGAUGAGGUCUGCAUUGGUAUCCGUGACUGCGACCCCAAGGCUCCUCUCAUGCUUUACGUCUCGAAGAUGGUGCCGACCUCUGAUAAGGGUCGUUUCUACGCUUUUGGUCGUGUCUUCGCUGGUACCAUCCGCUCUGGUCUCAAGGUCCGCAUCCAGGGCCCCAACUACGUUCCUGGCCGCAAGGAGGACUUGUUCAUCAAGGCUAUCCAGCGUACCAUUCUCAUGAUGGGCCGUUUCAUCGAGCCAAUUGACGAUGUGCCUGCUGGUAACAUUCUCGGGUUGGUCGGUGUCGAUCAGUUCUUGCUCAAGUCCGGUACCCUCACCACCAGCGAGACUGCCCACAACCUCAAAGUCAUGAAAUUCUCCGUCUCCCCCGUCGUGCAACGCUCCGUCGAAGUCAAGAAUGCCAAUGACCUGCCCAAGCUCGUCGAAGGUCUCAAGCGUCUGUCCAAGUCUGAUCCUUGCGUCCUGACCUACAUCUCCGAGUCUGGUGAGCACGUCGUCGCCGGUGCCGGUGAAUUGCAUUUGGAAAUUUGCUUGAAGGAUCUUGAAGAAGACCAUGCUGGCGUUCCCCUCCGUGUUUCCGACCCGGUCGUUUCUUACCGCGAGACUGUCGGUGGAACCUCCAGCAUUACUGCUCUCUCCAAGUCCCCCAACAAGCACAACCGUCUCUACGUGACCGCAGAGCCCUUGGCCGAGGAAGUUUCCAAAGACAUCGAGAGCGGCAAGAUCGGUCCUCGUGAUGACUUCAAGGCUCGCGCCCGUAUUCUCGCUGACGACCAUGGCUGGGACGUCACCGACGCCCGUAAAAUCUGGUGUUUCGGCCCCGACACCAAUGGCGCCAACUUGCUCGUUGACCAAACCAAGGCUGUCCAAUACCUCAACGAAAUCAAGGACUCCGUUGUCUCCGGCUUCCAAUGGGCCACCCGUGAAGGUCCCAUUGCCGAGGAGCCAAUGCGCUCCGUCCGCUUCAACAUCCUCGAUGUCACCCUGCACGCCGACGCCAUCCACCGCGGUGGCGGACAGAUCAUCCCCACCGCCCGCCGUGUCCUGUACGCUGCUACCCUCCUCGCAGAUCCGGGUAUUCUAGAACCCGUCUUCUUGGUCGAGAUCCAAGUGCCAGAACAGGCCAUGGGCGGCAUCUACGGUGUCCUCACCCGGCGUCGUGGCCACGUCUUCUCCGAGGAGCAGAGACCAGGAACCCCACUAUUCACUAUCAAGGCAUAUCUACCCGUCAACGAGUCCUUCGGCUUCCCUGCAGACCUGCGUGGCGCGACUGGUGGACAGGCGUUCCCGCAAUCUGUCUUCGAUCACUGGCAGAUCUUGCCCGGUGGUUCGCCGCUGGAUGUUACCACGAAGCCUGGUCAGGUUGUUACGGAGAUGCGGAAGAGGAAGGGUAUUAAGGAGGUUGUUCCUGGUGUUGAGAACUACUACGACAAAUUGUAA